GGUCAAGUUUGAAGUGUAACGAAAUGCACUCGAAAGGAGAGUCCAGUCAAGCAAAGGAUGACAUUGAUUUACUAGACGAAUUACUAAAAAAAACUAAUUGUGCUCACUUACAUUAUAAAGUCCAAGACUGUAUAGCUAAAACAAAAGACUGGAGAAAGUGUCAAGCAGAAGUAAAAGAGUUUAAAUUGUGCAUUGAGAAAAACCAAAAACUUGCAAACAAAGAAAAUGUUUGAUAUUUCCAAUCAUGAGUUCAUUACUCC